UCUAUGUAGAGGAUGGAGAAUCAGUACAGUGCCGUGCUCUCUGGUCUUGUGCUGAAAAGCUACGUGUACUUACCUAGCUAAUGUUAGCGUCGUUUAUGGUUGUUUCUUUGGUUGAAUACAAAUGGCUCAUUUGACAACAAAUCCAAAUGACAAAGAAAGAUUUAUUUGCAUAUACCCUGUAUAUAUCAAUAGCAAGAAAACCUUAGCCGAGGGCCGCAGAAUACCCACAGACAAGGCUGUUGAAAACCCCUCAUGUGCAGAGAUACGGGAUGUUUUAACAGCGGCAGGAUUAAAUAUUCUGGUGGAGAACAACAAGAUGCACCCUCGUGAGUGGAACAGGGAUGUACAGUUCAGGGGAAGAGUUCGUGUCCAGAUCAAAGAGGAGGAUGGAAGUAUAUGUCAAGAGAAAUUUUCCUCACGUAAAGACGUGAUGGUUUACGUAGCAGAGAUGAUCCCAAAGUUGAAGACAAGAACACAGAAGAGUGGAGGUGGGGACACAGGAGCACAGCAAGGAGAGGGCGGGAAGAAGGGCAAGAAGAAGAAGAAGUAGAGCACGUGACCGUGGUUGUGAUUUUGGGGGUCUUCUGGAGUAGUCGUCCUCAGGCAAAAAGGCUGUUUGUUUUUUUUAUUAUUAUUAGAUUGUUGAGGAUUGAUGGUUCAUUUUGUGUGCACUUUCACUGUUUUGGUUUUGGUAUAGUUUCUCUAUAAGUUGCAUCUGAAUUUGUCAUCUGCAAACAAAAUGACCACAGUGAAAGACUUCAAAGUAUUGCCAUGACCGGGAGCAAUAACCACAUCCUUAUGUAUGUUUCAACAUGGGGAAAAUGGCAAAACUCCCACUUUUUCUUUACUCCUUUCUUGUGUUAUAUUUACUUUUUAAUAAGGAACGGAAGAGGCAAAUUCUUGUGUUACUGAAAAUAGUGUCACUACUGAACCAUGUGAUAAGGACACAAUUGCGUGGCAAUGAAAGGUAGCAGGACCUUUAAAUUAUAGCUGCACAUAAAAGGUUGUGGCCACAUAUUUGUAUUCCACACGAUUUAAGGACAAGUGACUGUGCUUCAUUUUCAUCAACAUAGUAUUACCUCUCCUCUUCCAUUGCAGAUAAUGUGUGAAAGGAUGUCUGAUUUAAUACGGUAAAGCAGUCAUUUAAUAAAGGAUUCACAAAUA